UGGGUCCAACCCCCACGCACCCGUCUCAUUGAGUUUACUUUUUACUGUUUACUUUGUGUGCAAUGGUGGUAGUGCAAAAGUACAAUCUACCAGAGCACCUUAUCAUGGUCAGUGUAUCACAGGGCCAGUCCCUACUAGGCCUUUGUAAUCACUUCACAUGCUCUUUACUUCUUACUUUUUCCUUAUAUAUCUGCACUCUCUGCUCAGCCUGCUCUGUUCAGCCUGGCCUCAGUCCAACACCACUCCUCCUGCAGCUGUGGGCAGAACCACGGAGUCCCUCCCUCUCUGUCAUGCAGUUUCAGGGAAAACGAAACUUAACGCCGUCUAUUUCAGAGAAACUAGUCUGUCUGUGUCAGUGUGCAGUAAAAUGGCUGAAGGUGGAGGUUUACUGGAUCAGGACCAGUUGAGCUGUUCGAUCUGUCUGGAUCUACUGAAGGAUCCGGUGACUAUUCCCUGUGGACACAGUUACUGUAUGGGCUGUAUUAAUGGCUGCUGGGAUCAGGAUGAUCAUACUGGUGUCUACAGCUGUCCCCAGUGCAGAGAGACCAUCACCCCAAGGCCAGUUCUGAACAAAAACACCAUGCUGGCUGAAGUGGUGGAGAAACUGAAGAAGACAGGACUCCAAGCUGCUCCUCCUGCUCACUGCAACGCUGGACCUGGAGACGUGGCGUGUGAUGUCUGCACUGGGAGAAAGCACAAAGCUGUCAAGUCCUGUCUGGUGUGUCUGGCCUCUUACUGUGAAACUCACCUCAAACUUCAUGAUGAACUGAACCCAGGUAAGAGACACAAGCUGACCGAUGCCUCUGGAAACCUGCAGAAGAAGAUCUGCUCUCAUCAUGACGAACCGCUGAAGAUUUACUGUCGUACCGAUCAGCAGUGUAUCUGUUAUCUGUGUACAAUGGAUGAACACAGAGGCCAUGAUACAGUCUCAGCUGCACCAGAAAGGACUGAGAAACAGAAGCAGCUGGGGGCGACACAGAGUAAAUUCCAGCAGAGAAUCCAGGAGAGAGAGAAGAAGCUGCAGGAUCUGAGACAGGCUGUGCAGUCACUCAAGAGCUCUGCACAGGUAGUAGUGGUGGACAGUGAGAGGAUCUUAACUGAGAUGAUCCGCUCCAUUGAGAAAAGGUGCUCUGAGGUGAAAGAGCUGAUCAGAGAUCAGGAGAAGGCUGAAGUGAGUUGGGCUGAAGGACUCCUGGAGCGACUGGAGCAGGAGAUUGCUGAGCUGAGGAGGAGAGACUCUGAGCUGGAGCAGCUUUCACGCACAGAGGAUCACAUCCAUUUCCUCCAGAGCUGUCAAUCUCUCUGUGCCCCUCCUGGACCUGGAGACUUACCCAGCAUCACUGUCAGUCCACACGUCUCUUUUGAGCCUGUGAGGAAAUCUGUCUCUGAACUGAAAGAGCGAAUGGAGGAUGUUUUCAUGGCGGAGUUGGUCAAAGUUUCUGGAAAAGUGGGCAGCACUGUGGUCUCACAGAGAGAGGGUCCAGGGUCUGGAUGCUGGGGCGUUUUCCUGUGCAGUUUGCUGGUUCUCCUCCUGUCCAUGUGGAUUUUCUCAGAAGAGCAUAUUCUGGAGCCCAAGACCAGAGGGGACUUCUUACAAUAUUCCUGUGGGCUCACACUGGACCCCAACACAGCGCAUGAAUACCUCCGUCUGUCUGAGGGGAACAGAGAGGUGACCCAUGGGGGAGAGAUCCAAUCAUAUCCUGAUCAUCCAGAGAGAUUUGACUACUGGAACCAGGUGCUGUGCAGAGAGGGUCUGUCUGGACACUGUUACUGGGAGGCUGAGUGGAGUGGAGGUGAUGAUGAUGGGGUUGAGAUAGCAGUGACAUAUAAAGACAUCAGCAGGAAAGGAGAGGGUCAUGACGCUGUUCUGGGACGUAAUGACAAGUCCUGGAGUUUGAGCUGCUCUGCCUUCGGUUACUCUUUCUGGCACAAUAAUGAGAGCACUGACAUCCCUGUUCCCCCCUCCUCCAGAAUAGGAGUGUACCUGGAUCACAGGGCAGGAACUCUGUCCUUCUACAGCGUCUCUGACACAAUGAUCCUCCUGCACAGAGUCCAGACCACAUUCACUCAGCCCCUCUAUCCUGCGUUUGGGGUGCUUUAUGGAUCCUCUAUAAAACUGUAUGAUCUGUGAUGAGGCAGAAAGUGAAGGGAAGAUCAGCUGUAAUUAAAGAGAGGGUAAAACACUGCAAUGAGACAGAAAAUGAAUUAAAUGCAGUUCAAUCUUCAACCUCAAAUGAUUAAAUGAAUGAAAUAAUGAGCUGAACUGAACUGAAACUGAGGAAACAUCAUUUUGGUCACACUGAAGCAGAUCCAGUCACUCUAAAGCAUGGGCUCCAUUAUUACAGUGAGCUCCAUGUUUGGAUCAAAGACAUUUUCUUCUUGAUUUGGCUCUUUACUCCACAAUCAUAAUUCUGUAGUCAAACAAUUCACAUGCAGAUUCUCAUCUUUUAUUAAAGGGUAUUUCAGACAUUUUGGAUUCCCUAUGCCACUCAUCCAAUGUGGGAUUAGAGUGUUUGUGGUGAUGGCAUUUAUAUGAAGCAGCUGCUGUAAAGUCAGUAAGACUCUGGGUUUCAUGGCUGUUGUUGUUGUGUGUUGUACUGGGCAGUGUUGGGUAUUAUAUGCUGAUUGUUUAGGAUGAAAUAAACAAAGGAAUGGUUGCAGAUACAGGAGGUGCAGAUAGAGGUGUAGGGUGGAGCAGGAUGUUUUAAUGUUUUUAAUAGUUUUUUGUGAGAUUGAUUUUGCUUGUUCAUUCAUUUUCAUUAAAGAUGUGGGGGGAAGUGGAGAGAUUGUAA